AUGAAAUUUCCAAUCGAGACGCCAAGAAAGCAGGUGAACUGGGAUCCUAAAGUGGCCGUGCCUGCAGCAGCUCCACCAGUGUGCCAGCCCAAGAGUGCCACUAACGGACACCAUCCGGUUCCCCGCCUCUCCAUUUCCUCCCGAGCCACGGUGGUAGCCAGGAUGGAAGGAGCCUCCCAGGGAGGCCUGCAAACAGUUAUGAAGUGGAAAACAGUGGUUGCCAUCUUUGUGGUGGUGGUGGUCUACCUCGUCACAGGUGGCCUUGUCUUCCGGGCAUUGGAGCAACCCUUUGAGAGCAGUCAGAAGAACACCAUCGCCUUGGAGAAGGCAGAAUUCUUGAGAGAUCACAUCUGUGUGAGCCCGCAGGAGCUGGAGACAUUGAUCCAGCAUGCGCUCGAUGCUGACAAUGCAGGAGUCAGCCCGGUAGGAAACUCUUCCAACAGCAGCAGCCACUGGGACCUCGGAAGUGCCUUUUUCUUUGCUGGAACUGUCAUCACGACCAUAGGGUAUGGGAACAUUGCUCCAAGCACUGAAGGAGGCAAAAUCUUUUGUAUUUUAUAUGCCAUCUUUGGGAUUCCGCUCUUUGGUUUCUUAUUGGCUGGAAUUGGAGACCAACUUGGAACCAUCUUUGGCAAAAGCAUUGCAAGAGUGGAAAAGGUUUUCCGAAAGAAGCAAGUGAGUCAGACCAAGAUCCGGGUCAUCUCAACUAUUCUGUUCAUCUUGGCUGGCUGCAUCGUGUUUGUGACAAUCCCUGCUGUCAUUUUUAAAUACAUCGAGGGCUGGACAGCCUUGGAGUCCAUUUACUUCGUGGUGGUCACUCUGACUACAGUAGGCUUUGGUGACUUUGUGGCAGGGGGAAAUGCUGGCAUCAACUACCGAGAGUGGUACAAGCCGUUGGUGUGGUUUUGGAUCCUUGUUGGCCUUGCCUACUUCGCAGCUGUCCUUAGUAUGAUCGGAGACUGGCUGCGCGUUUUAUCCAAAAAGACGAAAGAAGAGGUGGGUGAGAUCAAAGCCCAUGCAGCCGAGUGGAAAGCUAACGUCACCGCCGAGUUCCGGGAGACCAGAAGGCGACUCAGCGUUGAGAUCCACGACAAGCUGCAGCGAGCAGCCACCAUCCGCAGUAUGGAGCGCCGGAGGCUGGGCUUGGAUCAGAGGGCCCACUCUCUGGACAUGCUAUCCCCAGAGAAGCGUUCUGUCUUUGCAGCCCUGGAUACAGGACGUUUCAAGGCUUCAUCCCAGGAAAGCAUCAACAACCGACCCAACAACCUGCGCCUUAAGGGGUCAGAACAGCUCAACAAGCAUGGGCAAGGCGCUUCUGAGGACAACAUCAUCAACAAGUUUGGGUCCACCUCCAAACUCACCAAGAGGAAAAACAAAGAUCUCAAAAAGACCUUACCAGAGGAUGUUCAGAAAAUCUAUAAGACCUUCCGGAAUUACUCUCUGGAUGAAGAGAAGAAAGAGGAGGAGACAGAAAAGAUGUGUAACUCAGACAACUCCAGCACAGCCAUGCUGACGGAGUGUAUACAGCAGCAAGCUGAGACGGAGAAUGGAAUGGUACCCACGGACACCAAAGACCAGGGGCUGGAGAACAACUCAUUACUUCAAGACAGAGAGUAA